CUCUCGAUCCCACCGCCUCCCGUUCCGCGGCUUCGUCCGAGUCCCACGAGAUCUCGUCGACGCUUUCCAGCUGCGCCCUCUCCAGGGUUUGGUUGGAAUUUUAGACGGACCGGUGCUCCGAAUUGGAGAGCAAAAUUGGAUUUUGAUUUGCGAGCUGAGUUGUUUGAGGUGAGUUCGUUGAUUGGAAGCUGGGCUUCCUUUCUGUGGUGAAGAUGAUGGAGUUCUUUGUAUAGCUGUUAAUUCUGGUUUUUUUCUGACUCUCCGAGCAAUCGCCCGGUGGCUCUUGAUUCAAUAGUUCGGUCGAGUGAAUUGAACGAAGUUUAAUUGCUAUAGUUAACAUUUGUUUAGUAUGAGUCUUGCAGUUUUCCCUUGAGUUAAUUAUAAUUAAGGCGAUUCUUGAAGUGGUUUUCCAGUGGCUUGACAAUUGUCACUUUGAAUAUUAUUGUUUUGUUUUCUCCAUCUUCUGUUUUUUUUUUGUUGCCGAUGUACAAUUAUCUGGCAUAGCCAUUAAAUUGUGAUAUGCUGAUUGCAUUAGGUACAAACUGUACUCUGUGAAGGACGAUUAUUUAAAUAAUACAACUAUCAGGCUAUGUAAUAAUAUUAUGGUGCACUAACAGUCAUAAAUGGUUCGUCUGUGAAUAAUGUUAAUUAGCACGUACUUGCAACAGGAGUGAAUGAAAAUGGAGUAGGAAAGUAUUGAGGUGGGGUUUAUUCAGUAAAAUUAUUUUGUUGGCUGGCAAUGCAGUGCCUGUGCCCUGGGUCCUAGAUGAACAGAACUGAAAAAGGGGUAAAGUCAUCAGAGAUAAGCAGGUACUCGUCUUCGAAUGGCGAGAUCAAGCAGCAGAUCAACAAUGUCGAUACUGAAGAAGCUGACUUCCCUCUCCAGCAGGGAGGUUCCCUUAACAGUAAGGAGGCAAGAGCAUUGCUAGGAAAGGUAGAGUACCAAUAUGGGAAUGCUGAAGAAGCACUACGAGUGUUCAGUGGAAUAAAUAUACAUGCUUUAAUACCUAAGGUGAAAACGUCUAUCAUUAGAAAAGUGGACCUGCAAAUGGCCCAUUUACAUUCCAGCUCUCCCUCCUUGCCUUUUCAUGCUGCUAUUCUACUACUGGAGAUUAUAUAUUUCAAAGCCACAUCACUUCGUGAUCUUGGAAAAAUUGAAGAAGCUGCAAAGGAGUGUAGCACCAUACUGGAUGUCGUGGAAUCUGCACUACCUGAGGGUUUGCCAGAUAUCGUUGGUGAUUACUGCAACCUGAAAGCAACAUUAUGCAGAGCUGUUGAAUUGCUUCCAGAGCUAUAUAAAUUAGUGGGUUCUCAUUUUGAAGCUGUCUCUUCAUACAGGAGGGCUCUUUGGAGUAACUGGAACCUUGAUGAAAAAGCAAUAGGUAGAAUACAGAAGGAAUUUGCUGUUCUCCUCCUAUACAGUGGCUCUGAAUUUUGCUCUCCAAAUCUUCGAUGUCAGUUGGAUGGCUCAUUUGUACCUCGGAACAAUUUGGAAGAAGCUAUUCUUCUUUUAAUGCUUCUAUUGAGGAAGUUCAAUCUUAAGAGGCUCGAGAGGGACCCAACCGUGAUGCAUCAUCUGACAUUUGCACUCUCCAUGUCUGCGCAGUUAAAACCACUAGCUGUUCAGUUUGAAGAAUUAUUACCUGGAGAGUUACACAACAGAGAGUGGCUGUACAAUGUUGCUUUGUGCUACCUAGCAGAAGAGGAUGAUCUAAUCGCCCUGAAUCUGCUCAAAAGGAUAUUGAUGUCUGGAGAAGAUUCCAAUAGCCUCAAAGAACUUCUCCUAGCUUCCAAAAUUUGUUGCGAGAACAGUGUACAUGUUGAAGAAGGUGUUUCGUAUGCACGCAGAGCCCUUGCGAAUCUACAUGGAGGUUGUGAUCAAAUCGAGAUUUCUGCAAACCUCUUACUUGGGAUAUCACUUUCUAAUCAAGCUAGAUUUGCUACAACCAACACAAGGAGAGCUUCUCAGCAGCGUGAAGCAUUGGAAGUGCUUGGUAUUGCUCAAAAAAAGAUGCAUGGUAUAGAUUUCAGGGUAUUGUACAAUCUCAGCCUUGAAAAUGCCAAGCAAAGGAAAUUAGAUACAGCAGUCCUUUAUGCAAAGAAACUGCUGAAAUUAGAGGGUGGAUCAGAACUCAGGACUUGGCUCCUAACUGCUCGAAUAAUGAGUGCUCAAAGACGGUUUGAAGAUGCUGAAUCCAUUGUAAAUGCUGCACUAGAUCAGACUGGGAAGUGGUAUCAAGGAGAUCUAUUGCAAAUUAAAGCCAAAAUGCAGGCUGCACAGGGGAAAUUUAAGAAAGCAGUUGAAAUAUAUACCCGGCUUCUUGCUGUCAUCCAGCUAAGGACAAAAAGUUUUGAUGCUGGCAUUUCUGUGUUAAAGGGCUCUUCGGAUGAUAGAAGUCUGGAGAUAGAGACAUGGUAUGAUCUGGUACUUUUGUAUAUAAGCAUGUCACGGUGGAGGGAUGCAGAACUUUGCAUAUCAAAAAUAAAAGCUAUCAGUCCAUAUUCUGCUUUGGCUUGUCAUGCUACAGGAAAGCUACAUGAAGCAAAAGGUUUUCUAAAGGAAGCUUUUCGAGCAUACUCAACAGCAUUGGACCUUGAACCUAGACAUGUACCAAGUUUGAUAUCGACAGCUAUUGUGCUUCGACGGCUUGGCGAGAGACCCUUGGCUGCUGUAAGGUGUUUCCUAACUGAUGCAUUGCAAUUAGACAGAACAAAUCAUGUUGCAUGGUUCAACCUUGGCUUACUCUACGAAGAUGAAGGCGGCAGCUCAGCACUUGAAGCUGCUGAGUGUUUUCAGACUGCUGCUCUUCUUGAAGAAACUAACCCAGUAGAACCUUUUAGAUGACAUAGUUGUAACCCAUUGAAUGCUGUAGAGAGAUGCCUACAACACAAAGUGCUUUCACAACACAGUCUCGACAUUUUUUCCCUUUCUGAUACAUUUUUUUUUCACCGUUCCAACAUUUCGGAGAGGAGAGUGUGUAAAGUGCAUAAAUUAUAAACACAUGUAUAAUCGUUACCAUGUUUUGUUGACACAAUAUUGAUAUUAUAGCAUGAUGCAAACUCAUGUUCAGUC